GGGCACCCGCACGAGGAGGAGCACGUCCGGGCGCCCAGCGGGCACCACCAGGCCGGCCGCUGCCUGCUGUGGGCCUGCAAGGCUUGCAAGAGGAAGACCACCAAUGCCGACCGAAUCAACGAGGCCUUUGAGACCCUCAAGCGCUGCACCUCCACCAACCCCAACCAGCGCCUGCCCAAGGUGGAGAUCCUGCGCAAUGCCAUCCGCUACAUCGAGAGCCUGCAGGCGUUGCUGCGGGAGCAGGAGGACACUUACUACCCGGUGCUGGAGCACUACAGUGGGGAAUCGGAUGCCUCCAGUCCCCGCUCCAACUGCUCCGACGGCAUGAUGGAGUACAGCGGGCCUCCUUGCAGCUCUCGCAGAAGAAACAGCUAUGACAGCAGCUACUACACAGAAUCACCAAAUGAUCCAAAGCAUGGGAAAAGUUCUGUUGUUUCCAGCCUCGAUUGCCUCUCAAGCAUUGUAGAGAGGAUUUCCACAGAUAACUCCACUUGUCCUAUACUGCCUCCAGUGGAAACUGUUGCUGAAGGGAGUCCCUGUUCCCCCGCAGAAGGAGCGAGUCUGAAUGAUAGUGGAGCCCAAAUUCCUUCCCCCACCAACUGCACCCCACUUCCCCAGGAUAACAGUAGCAGCAGCAGCAGCAGCAGCAACCCCAUCUACCAAGUGCUAUAAAGGCAGGUCCAGCUGGACUGCACUGAAAACAAAUUGCUUCGUUCAGCCAAGCUCCGAGUCCUGCCUUCUGAGACUGAAAAGGCUUCUCAAGACUUGUUCCAGUUUUAAAAUAUCACUCAAAAUUCCUUCACAUAUAUAACUUUUCAAACUUGUAUUACUUCAAAAUACACCUAGUUAUUUAUUGGUUGUUAAACUAAAGUUAUUUAAUAUGUCUAGAGAUGAAAUUGUAUACCAUGAAAUGGCCAAUGUUUAAUCUGGGCUUUGGGGAAUAGGAACCUGGCUCUUGAACGCAGAGGAGAAUAGAAAUCUACAACAGUAGUGGCAUAACAGAUCCUUCCUAUUACUCCUGUUCUGGCCAAAAUAA